AGGGCAUAACAACACAUUAUCUUCGUUUAAAGAACCUGCCUCUGUGACAGGCAUGCUAUGCUAGUUCCCUUUAUAUUAUCAAAAGCCUGUUUUAUUUUCUUGGGUCUGACACAAGAUUUUUGGUGAAUGGGAUUCUGCACUUGUUUUGAAAAUCACUGCGAAGAAAGAACACUCACUCAUUUGAGAAAACUGUUGUUAUAGCCUCAUUAUCUUUAUCCUUUAGUACUACUACUACCAUCAGGUGUUUUCCCCGUAGUGUUUGGUUCUUGGGAUAUUUCAAUUGAAUGGGAAAGCCAAGAGGAGGAGAAGCUGCUCUUUGUUUUGUGGUUUUCUUCUGGUUUUGGAGCUCUUCCCAUGCUUUGCUCUCUCCAAAGGGAGUAAACUUUGAAGUGCAAGCUUUAAUCGGGAUAAAAGCUUUUCUUGUGGAUCCCCAUGGUAUUCUAGAUAAUUGGGAUGCGGAUGCAGUUGAUCCAUGCAGCUGGAAUAUGGUCACGUGUUCCCCUGACAAUCUUGUUGUUAGCCUGGGCAUUCCCAGCCAAAAUUUAUCUGGUAUUCUAUCUCCAAGCAUAGGAAACCUGACAUAUCUUCAGACUGUGGUGCUACAAAAUAACAACAUAACUGGUUCAAUCCCUUCAGAGAUAGGAAAACUUUCCAAGCUUCAAACUCUUGAUCUCUCUGACAACUUCUUCAAUGGGGAGAUUCCUCCCUCUCUGGGUCACCUGAGAAGCCUCCAGUACUUGAGGCUCAAUAAUAACAGUUUUGAUGGAGAAUGCCCAGUGUCACUAGCUAACAUGGCGCAGCUUGCUUUUCUUGACUUGUCCUACAAUAAUCUGAGUGGCCCUAUACCUAGAAUUUUGGCCAAAUCCUUCAGUAUUGUAGGAAACCCCUUAGUCUGCACCACAGGAAAAGAAAAAAAUUGCCAUGGGAUGACACUUAUGCCCAUGUCGAUGAACUUGAACAGUUCUGAGAAUGCUUUACCAUAUGGUAGAACAAAGGCUCACAAAAUGGCCAUUGCCUUUGGUCUGAGUCUUGGAUUCCUCUGCUUGGUAGCUUUUGGUCUUGGACUUAUUCUAUUGAGGAGGUACAAGCGUAAACAAAAGUCAUUCUUUGAUGUUAAAGACCAUCAUCAUGAAGAAGUCUACCUUGGAAACUUGAAGAGGUUCCAACUACGUGAACUCCAGAUUGCUACUAACAACUUCAGCAACAAAAACAUCCUCGGCAAGGGUGGUUUUGGACAUGUCUACAAGGGAAUUCUCCCAGAUGGCACUCUUGUAGCAGUGAAGAGGCUUAAAGAUGGCAAUGCAACUGGAGGAGAUAUACAAUUUCAGACUGAAGUUGAAAUGAUAAGCUUGGCGGUGCACCGUAACCUCCUCAAACUGUAUGGAUUUUGCAUGACACCAACAGAAAGGCUUUUGGUUUAUCCUUACAUGUCCAAUGGCAGUGUUGCUUCUAGGCUCAAGGGUAAGCCAGUGUUGGAUUGGGGCACAAGGAAGCAGAUUGCCAUAGGAGCAGCAAGGGGACUGCUAUACCUUCAUGAGCAGUGUGAUCCAAAGAUAAUCCACAGAGAUGUGAAGGCUGCAAACAUAUUGCUUGAUGACUAUUGUGAGGCAGUGGUAGGGGAUUUUGGGUUGGCUAAGCUUUUAGAUCAUCAAGAUUCACAUGUCACAACUGCAGUGAGGGGAACAGUGGGGCAUAUAGCACCAGAGUAUCUUUCCACAGGGCAAUCUUCUGAGAAGACCGACGUCUUUGGAUUUGGCAUUCUGCUUCUUGAAUUGAUUACUGGCCAGAGGGCACUGGAAUUUGGAAAAGCAGCCAACCAAAAAGGAGCCAUGCUUGAUUGGGUACGGAAAAUCCAUCAAGAGAAGAAGCUUGAGUUGCUUGUGGACAAGGAUCUGAUGAGCAACUAUGACAGGAUUGAGCUUGAGGAAAUUGUUCAAGUGGCACUCUUGUGCACACAAUAUCUUCCUGGCCACAGGCCUAGAAUGUCAGAAGUUGUACGCAUGCUUGAAGGUGAUGGUCUUGCAGAGAAAUGGGAAGCUUCUCAAAGUGCUGACAACAGCAAAUGCAACAAACCACAUGAACUCUCUUCAUCAGAUAGGUAUUCUGACCUCACUGAUGACUCUUCUUUGUUGGUCCAAGCAAUGGAACUCUCAGGCCCCAGGUGAAUUUUUCAUACUCAUUUUUAGCUCUUUUACAUUCACGUUGCUUUUUCUUUCUCAUUUGGGUUUCUAGCUUCCUAAAGAAAGUAUAUGAAAUUCAACAACUUGUGAUCACUGAGUCCAUUUAUAUGUUGUAUGAUAGAAGAAGCCUUCAAAGCUGAAAAGGGCUUUUCUUUUUGUUUUGCUUUUUCAAAUGUAUAUAUGCUUAUUUGUUAAAGAUGAAUUUGUAGUGCAAAGUUUUGUAAAGUUAAGAGAAAUUAAAUGCCAGGUUUUCAGUGAA